GGAAAAGUAAAGUGGAAAAAUGACGGGAAAGAGAGUUUGAGUGUUUCUGAAUUUGGUGUGUGGCGUUCCAAAAGCAUAAGAGAAGAUGCCCUCAGCUCAAGAUCCAUUCUACGUUGUGAAGGAGGAGAUUCAAGAUUCUAUUGAUAAGCUGCAAUCUACUUUUCACCAAUGGGAAAACACUGCUGAUUCUGGGGAGCGAUCAAAUCUUUCAAAGGAAGUUCUUGCUGCUAGUGAAAGUAUUGAAUGGCAGGUGGAUGAAUUGGACAAAGCAAUCGCUGUAGCUUCUAGAGAUCCUUCUUGGUAUGGCAUUGAUGAAGUGGAGCUUGAAAGCCGGAGGAGGUGGACCAGUGAUGCUCGCACCCAGGUGAGCACAGUGAAGAAAGCAGUGGAAGUUAGAAAGGGCUCAAAUACAACAGAGCAUGCUAGUGUAAAUGGGAUGCACAGGGAAUUAAUGAGGCUUCCUAAUUCUCAUCAAACUACAUCCGACCAAUAUGCUGCCCAAGAUAAUGAUGAUUUCAUAGAAUCAGAAUCGGAUAGGCAAAUGCUUCUUAUAAAGAAACAGGAUGAGGAGUUGGAUGAGCUUAGUUUAAGUGUACAAAGAAUUGGAGGUGUUGGGCUUACAAUACAUGACGAGCUCCUUGCACAGGAAAAGAUUGUCGAUGAACUUGGUAAUGACAUGGACAGUACAUCUAAUCGUCUAGAUUUUGUCCAAGUGAAAAAAAGUGGCAAUGGUCAUGAAGAAGGCUAGUGCAAAGGGUCAAAUCAUGAUGAUAUUGGGUUUGCUGGCGUUGUUCAUUUUCCUCUUUAUUUUGGUAUUCUUUACCUAGUCAUUUAGAUGAGCCCUAUCAAUGCUCUGCUUGUUUGUACAUGAAAAAGAAAGUUUUUGUGAAGAUACAAUAUUAAUGGAACAUUCGAUAUGUCUAAAUCAAAUGGAAGCAUCUUUGGCUUGUUGGAGGCAGUAGAAAAUUUGAUGAUGAUGAAAGGGAUGAAAUGUGAAAAUAUCUGAAGAGGAUCUUGAUUCUGAAUAAGAUGGAUCGCAAAUAUGAUUGAGCUUUGUUGUAUUCGUUUUUAAGAUGUUUUACUUUUGCAUCUAACGUUUGAUGUCGUUUUCUCUUUUUAAAACGACAGAAAGGAGUUUUGAAUUUGUAGUUUCAUGGCUGAACCAAAAUAGCUUAUGAUCAAUCUUUUGCAAAUCUACCC